AUGCAAGGACGAUGCAAGAUUUGGCGUUCCCACUCCCCUCCGACUUUCCUUGAUCAGCUCACCCCCACACCCUUGUCGUCGCCCACACCUCACCAUCUCAGCAUGCGCACUCCCAGUCGCACACCCCCUAGCUGGGAUCGAAGCCCCACACACCUUAUGUCCAUCGCUCUGCAGAGAGGCUCGAGCGCCCUUCGGCCAAUGCCACUCGCUCCGCCUGCCCACGCCUGCUCUCAACCCACGCCGCAGGGCUGCCCCGAUUGGGCCUCGGCUCGAAAUCCCCUAGUCUGGGCUUCGGCGCUGUUACGGGUGGGCCAGGCCUUCCGCCAUGGCGUCCGCAGAACGUCCUCUGCCAGCCCAAUCUUGUCCCGAAUGCGCCGAAGAAGGCCUUCAAUCAAUCGCAUCAUCACGAGGCAAGGCCGGACUGUGCCGGCUUUGAAGCUGGUCUGCAAAGAGCUUGAAGGGGACGUUGUCUCUUGCACCUUCAGUCGUUGA